AUGGCUCAGAAUUACUGCAGAGUGAUGUACACUGACCUGGCAACAAUCGUAACCGAUGAUGAUUGGUUACGACUAAACAAAGAAGCAGUAAGAACAGGCUACACAGGAUUUGCCUGGAUUGGAUUGUACAAUGAUAUCAACAGCUGGCGCUGGUCCUUAAACGAGCUCCCACUAAAGAAUGUCACUUAUACAAACUGGUACCCUGGAGAGCCUAAUAAUGGCGCUAAUUUCAGUGGUGCUUCCAGGUUCAUCGGAAUCUCUGGUCCUUAUCUGACCUGGCUUGAUGCUCAGGCUUACUGCCGAACACAUCACACAGACUUGGCCAGCUCUCUUAACAGCUCAGAUAACAACUUCCUAUGGAAGCUGAGAGACAUCCAGGGUGAUUCCUGGAUUGGGCUCUACAGAGACACAUGGAAGUGGUUAGAUGGAACCAUCGCUUCAAACCUACCAUGGGCUUCUGGACAACCAGAUAAUUAUUUUGGCAAUGAGAACUUUGCAAUGCAAAUUAGCAAAGUCUUUCAUGAUUAUUACUGCAGCUACCAGCCCUAUUUCUACUGUCACACCAAUGAAGCAGAAACUGGAAGAACAUGGCAUGUUGGAGGACACCACUGUGACCUGGAGGGUGCAGCCAGAUGGAAACAUCUUCCGCAAGAAAAACAAAGAUGA